CCUGUCCCUGCAGUACGUGUCCAAGUAGUUAAAAAAGGCCUUUGCUUGGAAUUUGUCGUCUCCACACAAUCACCACGCGCGCGCGAAACGCCGUCGACUUUGACUACCGACGCGCAGCAGCAGCAGAAGGCCUCGAUCCCGAGCUACCCCCCCGUUCGGCUAGCUGUCCAUACCUGCUCAUAUAUGCAACCCAGAGAUCCAGAAAAAAAGAGCACAAGCGUGUACAGCAGAGCCCCAUCCAUUCAUUCAUCACAAGUACACAGCACGUGAAGUCGCUCCUGAACCCUAGAAGCACAGAGCUUGAUCGUCUAGCUUGGCAUGGGCGCUGACGGUGUGCGCGCCCUGGCGUGCUUCUUGUGCGUGUCGGUCUCGCGGCGUCGGCGGCGGACGGCGAGGCUGGUGCUGUGGGGAGGGGAAGCGCGGGCGGCGAAGCACGGGGAGCUGGCGGGGCAGGUGAUGCUGGACUUCUCGGGAAGCGUGGUGUGCCUUGCCGACGGGUUCUACAUCGGGCGGCCGGCGCCCGUGCUGGCCAUCGAGGACCGGCUGGCCGCGGGCGCCACGUACCUCGUGCUCCCCGUGGACCGGCUCCCGCAGGGCUGCGACCCCGUGACGGCCGCGUCCCUGGCCGCGCUGUCCUACGGCCGGGCCGGGCCGGCGUCCAUCGCCGGCGGGCCCAAGAGCCCGUUCGAGUACGUCAAGGGCGACGACGGAAGGACGGUCAUCAAGGUCACGCCCGAGUUCAUCGUCGGGGCCAUCACCGCCAGACCAGGCGUCGUCGUCGGGGGUGAUAAUGGCGAGAUGGACGGCGCGUGCCGCGGAGGGCUCUGUAGCACGCCGGAGCUGAGGAAGCACUACGAGCAGCUCGUGGGGGCCGGGAGGGGGAGGGCAUGGUCGCCGCGGCUCGACACCAUCAAGGAGCGAAAGGGCAGGCGGAUCAAUAUGGCGGCGGUGAGCCCCGGGAGGUUCUCGCCUGUGGCGGUCAGGCUGCUAGGGCUGGCAAAAGGAGAAAGAUAGCACAGAGAAGAAACUGUGUGGUGCUGUGCUUCAAAUCAUGGAGUUACGACCUUGGAUUCCAUGGAACACAGUUACACGGCUCGUUGCUUGUUUCGUUUUGUUAGCCCCUAGCUAGUCCCAACGGACUGCAUGCGGAGCUAGCAAUUGUGUUGAUUUUUGUACAAAAUUAAGGAGAUGAAUCUGUUUUCGAUCGGGUUAAUUAGGCGUCCGAUCGACGGUCCACACAUGAUAUAUGUCUUGAUUUUGCUGGAGGAAAAUGUACAGAUCGAUCUCUAAUACAGUAAUACUACAUGAACAAUGACGUACGUGUUCAAAGCGAA